AUGGCCUGGACUCCUCUCCUCCUUGUACUCCUCUCUCACGUCACAGGUUCCCUGUCCCAGCCUGUGCUGACUCAGCCGCCCUCCGUCUCUGCAUCUCCUGGAGCAACAGCCAGACUCACCUGUACUCUGAGCAGUGACUUCAAUUUUGGUGACACUGUUAUCCGCUGGCUCCAGCAGAAGCCAGGGAGCCAGCCUCGGUAUCUUCUGAGUUUCAAGUCAGACUCAGAUAAACACCAGGGCGCCGGGGUCCCCAGCCGCUUCUCUGGAUCCAAAGAUGCCUCGGCCAAUGCAGGGCUUCUGCUCAUCUCUGGGCUGCAGCCUGAGGACGACGCUGACUAUUACUGUUAUGCAUGGCAUAGCAGCACUAAUACUUACACAGUGCUCCAGAGUCACGGGGAACACUCGGCACCCACACCCAGCCCCGAGCCAUUUUCACACAGCACUGUGCUAGAGGAGUGUCUGUGA